AUGGGGUGUCUCGCAAAAAACUGUCCCGUCGAUAAUAUAGGCGCGCCUCCUACGAAUCAGCAAAUUGAGGAAAGUGCGAAUUAUUUGCUCGGCAAAGAUUUCAGUGGUCCAGGAGAGCCCCCUCGUGCCGGAAAAAAUUGGGUACACGAUUUUAUCAAGCGCCUGCCAAAACAAUAUGUACGAAUCGUUCAAAAACCUCAAGAAAAGGAACGUACCGUUGCAGAGCAUUAUGGUGAGGUUGAGCGCUGGUUUAUUGACCUCGAGCUCGCUAUACAACAAUACAAAAUUCGCCCACAAAAUCUGUGGAACUUCGACGAGACCGGAUUCAUUGUUGGACAAGGAAAAGAUGAAGCGGUGGUAACAGCAUAUCCAAAAACAUCAAAAAGGGUAUCUAGCCUGUCCUCUCGAGAAUCAAUUACUGUCAUUGAGGGUAUAAAUGCCGAAGGAAAGAUUAUACCACCUUUAUUGAUUCCAAAAGGCAAGGUCCAUUUGGAGGAAUGGUACCGGCAUAUAAAAGAUGACGACUGGCUAGUUGCACCUGCUUCGAAUGGAUUUAUCACAGAUAAGAUCGCAUUCGAAUGGCUUCAACACUUUGACCACUUCUCUAGGCCCGGGGCCUUCCCGGAUUGGCGGUUACUUCUUAUGGAUAAUCAUACAACUCAUCUUACUAUACAGUUCGUGCAAUAUUGUGAAAUUUGGCACAUUCGCCCAUUCCGAUUUUCACCUCAUUCUACGCAUUUUUUACAACCGCUCGAUGGAGUGCCAUUUCAACAAUAUAAACAUGUUCAUGGACGGGUUGUGAACAAGAUUGCACGCUUAGGUGGCUUCGAUUUUGAUAAAAACGACCUUUUUGAAGAACUACGCGAUAUCCGGAUAAAGACAUUUACCACACGAACGAUUCGGCACGGCUGGAGAGAGCGAGGAAUUUAG